AUGUCCGGCGGCGCUAAAGCCUCAACUCGACCGGCUUCGGCGGCGCCGCCAUCAGGACCGAUCCUGCCUCCUUUAACGCGGCACCUUGCGUUUGCUACGAUGAAGCCGCCGUUUGUUCCUCCUGAUGAUUAUCACCGAUUUUCUUCUCCGAGUACUAGUAGAGUUGCCGCCGAUCGGGAUGCUGAGGCUAUUGUUGUGAGAUCUCUUCAAUUAAAACGGAAGGGUGGACUUGAUGAUAAUGGAUUCGGCUCCAGCAAUAGUGCUAGCAGUCCUGGAGGCACUAAUAUAUCCAACAGUCCUUUUAGGACACCUGUAUCAGCAAAAGGAGGUAGGACAUACAACAAAUCCAAGGCCUCAAAGGGAAGCGGAGCUGGGCCUCAAACCCCAGUGUCGAAGGCUGACUGCGCUUCACCUCUUACUCCAGCUGGCAGUUGUCGUUAUGAUAGUUCCCUAGGUCUUUUGACAAAAAGGUUUGUCGAUCUAUUUAAACAUGCCAUUGAUGGAAUUCUUGACCUAAACAAUGCAGCCGAAACCUUGGAGGUACAGAAGAGGCGGAUAUACGACAUAACAAAUGUCUUAGAAGGAAUUGGUCUCAUAGAAAAGACACUCAAGAACAGAAUACGUUGGAAGGGUGUUGAUGCUUCAAGGCCAGGGCAGGUAGAAGGUGAUGCAACUUUGUUACAGGCAGAAAUUGCAAAGCUCACUGUGGAAGAGCACCAACUAGAUGAUAAAAUAAGAGAAAUGCAGGAACGAUUGAGAGAUCUGAGUGAAGACGAGAACAAUCAGAAGAAGCUUUUUGUGACUGAAGAAGAUAUCAAGACUCUACCUUGUUUCCUGAACGAAACCCUGAUAGCAAUUAAAGCUCCCCAUGGAACUACUCUAGAAGUCCCUGAUCCAGACGAGGCUGUUGACUAUCCACAAAGGAGAUACAGGAUAAUCCUUAGAAGCUCUAUGGGUCCUAUUGAUGUCUACCUUGUGAGGUGGGACCACUUUCUAGAUGGAGCAUUAGUUCAAUUCGAGGAGAAUUUUGAGGAGAUGAAUAGUGUCGAGGCAUCCGUCAGUGUUCCACACUCUUCUAGUUCAGCAUCCCAUGGAAACUCAGUGAGAGAGAUGACCACUGGAGUAAGAACCCAGGAAAGAAGUGAACCUUUAGCACAACAGGCUCAAACUAUGCUCUCUGAUCCUAAUGCUACUCAGGAGUUAGGGGGAAUGAUGAAGAUUGUUCCUUCUGAUGUAAAUAAUGAUUCAGAUUACUGGCUUCUUUCAGACGCAGGCAUAAGUAUUACAGAUAUGUGGAAGACUGACACAAAUAUUGAAUGGACUGACUUUGAAGUGGCUGAUAUCCAAACUCCUAGAACACAAACUACGUCGCCUGGGAUUACUGAAGUGCCACCUGCGGAUCUGCCCAGCUGCUAUAAGAAUGUUGCAAGGGAUAAUAUUGGGGCAGUAUCGGUUCCCAGCCGAGAGUUAGUUUAG